AUGUACAGCAUUCUGGAAUAUCGUCAGAAAAACGCCAAAUACGAGCUGGUGGACAUUCGUCACUCCAACAAGCCUCGCACUCGAGGUCCUCAUUUGGCGUGCCACACAUGCCAUUCCAUGAAGGUCAAAUGUUCCGGUCAGAGAGAUGGUUGUAGUCGCUGCAAAGCACGAUCCAUCCCGUGCACCUACCCCAAGUCCAAGCGGGCCACGCGCAACUCGGAAACACCCGUCCGAACCACGACUCCAUCCAUCGGAUUAUCGCACCCCUCAGGCUCUCAUGGCGCGACUCCACCUCCACCGAAUCUCCCCACUCUGGCCGAGAAUCGCCUCGACGAUGAAUGGCAAAACAUGUCGUGGUUAUUGGAUGCGUGGACCGAGGCCAAUGCGAGAUUAGGACUCACCCCCGACAAAAUGCAGACGGCAGACGAACGGCCUCCACCAGAGGGAAGCCUCCGGGAGCGCAGAGUCCCCGUGAGAACUGGCAGCAUUCAGGCUGGCUCUGGGGAAACCGUAGCGCUCGCUCCUCUCGACAAGAAUCGGAAUACUGCGAUGGGCUGGAGCCCCUUCACCUGGAGUCCGUUUGGAGAAUCCAGGGGGGAAUUGGCUGAGAUGGCUGGGAGUCGGGACCACAUCCAGUCAACUGACCCACAGCACAUGCACCACCUUCACGACUACGAUGUGACCACAAUGCUGUCUGUCUCAGAUUUGCUCCCCGGCCAGAAUGACCACCACAUAUGCCCGACAGAUAUCCAAAGAGUCCCCAGUGUUAUGACAGUCAAUUCCAUCGAUACCUCUAGCAACAGUCAAGAACUCCAGAGCCAACAGCUCCUGUCUCCACCGGCCCCAAGGUCGAUUCCGGCCUCCGUUUGUUCCAGAUCUUGUGUCAGCCACGCAUUCCAGGCCCUCGGCGACCUGCAAGUCAUUGAGAGCAAGUUCUCGCCGACGGGAUUUGACAACCAUCUCAACUUCAUGAAGCGCUCCUUGGAUCGGAGUUUCAGCCUAAUGGAUUGUCUGGACUGUGUUAGGUCGGCAUCGGUCAUGACAUUACUCACAGCUAUCUGUGAGAGGCUGGUGAUAUCCUUCGAGGCCUGGGCACAAAAAUACCAAGGAAGAAGCGCCAUGAAAGUCGGGAAAAAUCCUGACGUACAGGGUAGUCAGCCAUUGCUGCACAUUUUCUUCGGGGCCUACGAAAUCAGCAUGGGGGAUGAACAGUGCUCGAUACUCCGAGCUCUAGCCAUGGUGCAGCUACGGAGACUGAACCUCCUCAUCGGCCGGAUGAGCGAUGUGGCCGUGCUGCAGGCCUGGACGGACCGGAAGGCUGUCCUGGAAUCUUUCUUAUCGAGAACCGAAGAGGCAGCGUCUACGCUCAUAGGGCGCUUCUAA